CCUCCUAACUCCAAGCUCAUGUGAACGUCAUGGUCUUGGAAUGUUUCUCAAAAUUUUAACAGUCCUCUUACCAAUGAGCAGCUGAAUGCUUCCUAUGUAGGACCUCAUUCGUUGAUAUUUUAACACUGUCACGGAUGUAAGCAUUGUGCAUUUCUUGACUUUUUCAACAAUUCUCGCUAAGGCAUUGUAGAAGUAUAGAAAUAGUUUGGCUGGGAGGCUUCAAGAACUGAUGGCUACGGACAACCACGUUUCUGAGCUGAGGCUAACAGAGGAGGUGGGGCUGCCAUUACCGCAGCUCACGUAAAUCACGGACACCUCACACUGGCCAAGAUUCUCCUAAGGCCUCAUGGAGCUGGGGGCUCGGCGGCGGCUGGACACAGAGGAACACGGCCAUCACUCGGCCCCCGGCGGUUGCCCUUGAAGGGGGGGGACCCUCUGAUUUUCGAUUCCUUCCCUCGCCACGACCCCGACCAUGAUCGGGAAGCUGAAACAUAACCUCCUGGUGGCCUGCUUGGUCAUCAGCUCCAUCACCGUCUUCUACCUGGGGCGGCAUGCCAUGGAGUGCCACCACCGCAUCGAGGAGCGGGCCCGUCCAGGCGGCUCCAGCUUACUGCACGCCACGCUGCGCUCGGGCCAGAACCUGAGCUCCGGCGCCGCCGCCUACAACAAGGACAUGCCACUGAUCUUCAUUGGGGGCGUCCCCCGCAGCGGCACCACGCUGAUGCGCGCCAUGCUGGACGCCCACCCUGACGUGCGCUGCGGCGAGGAGACGCGCGUCAUCCCUCGCAUCCUGGCCAUGAAGCAGAUGUGGAGCCGCUCGGGCCGCGAGAAGAUGCGGCUGGAUGAGGCCGGCGUCACUGACGAGGUCUUAGACUCGGCCAUGCAGGCCUUCCUGCUGGAGAUCAUUGUCAAGCACGGGGAGCCAGCAACCUACCUGUGCAACAAGGACCCCUUCGCCCUCAAGUCCCUUAACUACCUGGCCAAGAUCUUCCCCCACGCCAAGUUCAUCCUCAUGAUUCGGGACGGCCGGGCCUCCGUCCAUUCCAUGAUCUCACGCAAGGUGACCAUCGCUGGCUUUGACCUGGGCAGCUACCGGGACUGCUUGACCAAGUGGAAUCGGGCCAUUGAGACCAUGUACACGCAGUGCUUGGAGGCGGCCGACAAAUGCCUGCCCAUGCACUAUGAGCAGCUAGUGCUGCACCCCGAGAAGUGGAUGAGGACACUGCUGAGGUUCCUCGACAUCCCCUGGAACGACGCUGUCCUGCAUCACGAGGAGCUGAUUGGGAAGGCGGGCGGUGUGUCACUCUCCAAGGUGGAGAGGUCCACGGACCAGGUGAUUAAGCCCGUCAAUGUAGAGGCCCUCUCCAAGUGGGUGGGCAAGAUUCCGCCAGACGUGCUGCGGGACAUGCCGGUCAUAGCCCCCAUGCUGUCCCGCCUGGGCUAUGACCCACAUGCCAAUCCUCCCAACUACGGGAGGCCAGACCCCAGAGUCUUGGACAACACAAGAAGGGUCUUUAAAGGUGAAUUUCAGCUACCUGAUUUUCUAAAAGAACAACCACAGAUCCCAAAGUCUCCAGAGAAGACCAAUCCCAGUUAAGAGGAAGCAGAGGGUCCCUCUGGAUGCCGGCUCCAGUGAGGAUUUGGGACAUGCAGCUCUCUCUCUGUGGGUGGGGAAGAACGGGAAGAUCUGGUCAGGAGGGCUCUUGGACACCUGUUGCUCUCCUUUCUACUGGGGACAUUUUACAACCCCCCCCCUACCCCCACUCUCCCGAAAGAUAUUUGGGCCCAAAGCCCCCCCCCCUCCCCCCCACUAGAGACCUGCUCUGGCCUUUGAUGUUGUACUGUACUUUCACAACCUGCAGCCUAAGAAUGUCAUUGCUGUUUUUUUUUUUUGGUCACAUCACUCAUUUUUAUUUCUCUGUACAAAUCAGUGAUUGUUAUGAGAGCAGUGACUUUAAAUACAAAGAAGGUAUUUAUGGAAGAAGAUUUAGCUUUUUAAAGAUUCAGUAUCUAUUUUAAUUUUUCAUGCCUUUCUAAUAGUGGAAUUCCAUGGAUGCUGAUAUCAGUUUCGGGGUUUUGGCCAUGUAAAAAAAAAAAAACACUUUUGUAACCGCUGUCCACCCUGAAGUGACCUUUUUGUAUAUGAGAAACAUAAUAAAUGAAUUCAUCAAA